AUGGAAGUCCCGGUGGACAAGGAGACGGCGAAGACUCAAUUCCGCUCGUCACGUCUGUCUUGGAGCAACCAGGCCGAGCACAAACUAAAACAAGAGCUGAGCGACAUCGCCAUCGCCAAGUGUCGCAGCGUCGCAGAGCAAUUCGCCGAGUGCUCCAAGGCCAACGGUCUCCUGAUGGUCUUCAAGUGCCGCGACCAUAACCGGGCUCUGAACGCGUGUCUGAAACAGUAUACGAACGAUGAGCAGUUCGAGAUCUACCGCCAGAAGCGCGAGCAGAGCAUGACCGACGAGGAGAGAGCCAGUAAGUGA